UAAAAUUCAACAUGGCGACAGAGUCUAUAGCCUGAAUGAAGAGAUCAGCAGUUACGAAUCAUUAAUUUCUAACCUCUGGCAUUAUUGUCAGAAUGGUGGAGCCUAACGAAGCUUACGUCGACACCCUGCUAAACAUGGGGUUUGUCGACAGCGCACAGAUCCGCAAAGCGCUAAGUUUGGCAAAGAAUGAUUUGAAUGAUGCAGUGGCUUUUCUUACAGGAGAAGAAACAAGCACAAGUUUUGAUUACGAAGACACGGAAGUGAAAGACACAGAGACGCAACACGGCUCGGAUGACGGAGACAUGAUUCCUCCUUUACUGGAUCCUAGAGAAGGUGAAGAUGGAGACGUUUUUGAGCCUCCAACGGGAGAGCCACCUCCGUCGUACGACGAAGCCAUGAAUCCUGCGGGUCUGUCCCAAAAUGGAGCUAGCCACAGUCGAGAUGAAACUGAAAGUAUGGAGAUACCACUGGAAUUUCCCACUACUAACCUGUAUGAACUGGAGGACAGGGUUUUUGUGGACAACUGGUCAAUUCCUUACAAGAGAGAUGAGUCUUUGGGAAAAUGUUUACAGAGUGCUGCAAGAUUUGCUCAAGAUGGUCUCGCUGAAGCUGAUGAAAAUUGCAAGAGAUUUAUGGACAGAGCACUGCCUGAAUGUUUUAAAAAGCUACUUACCACACAAGCAGUCCAUAGAUGGGGUCAAGAAAUUCACGAGGGAAUCUAUGACAUGCUCCAUCUACUCUUGAAUUUAGUAGCUUCCAGACUUAAGUACAAGCCAGUCCCAUUUGGUUUACUUGAAUUAUUGACACAGGCAUUUAAUCCAGAAACAGAGUUCCAGUUCAAAAACAGAACCAAACCAUGGGAAAAGAAGUAUUAUGAAGGAGUUUUUGGAGCAGAUGAUUGUUACGCAGUGUGUCCACCAACUUCAGCCUAUUACACUCAUGCUUCAUACAAGGAGCCUUAUGGGUGGCUGGUAAACUUGAUAAACAAGUUUGCAGAGCUCGGUGGUUUUGAGGAAAUCAAAAAGCAGAUUGAGACAGCUGAGAAAGUGGAUGCUCCCAUGCUGGCUGCACUUUUGAAACCAUUGGGGAUAUGCGCCAGUUAUUUGAAUGCCAAAGUGUUACCGAAAGUCUUCAGUGAUGUUUUUGAAAAGACCUUGGCUUACAUUCAAGAACUUACUAAUGAAGAUAUGAAACAAAAGACGGUUGGUGAUGUUUUUGACUUGUUAACAACUCUGAAACUCCUGUGUAUGAGACUUUGGCAGAGCAUGGUGGCUGGAGUGGAUGACUUGAGGUUGGAAGUUGCUUUGAAAAUGCUCAAAAGUCCUCAUUUUAAUGCAAAGAUGAACUCCUUGAAAGAGGUUUGCAAACUGAUUGAAGAUUCAGAGAAGAACAAGAACACCAAAGUGAACUUGUCUCAAGAUGCCAUCACAGAGUGGCUACUGCAAAAUAAAGUGCUUUCAAUUGCAUUUGAAAGUAAUCUUCAUCAGUCUCAGUAUUGUGACCGAAUUAAAGUCCUUGUGGAAUUUCUCGGAACAAAACUUUCACUGGAUGAAUUGACAACCAUAUGGAAAAUGCAGGUUGGAAAGCACCCGACAGAAGUGGACAACAUUCAUAAUAUCUUAGCCACAGCAGCUGUACAAUUUAACUCCAACCAACUUGAACACCUAUUUGUGCUGAUCCAACAGAGUUGGGGAUCAGAGAAUGAUCGCAUGAAGGAGAAGCUGCUUGUGCUCAUUGGACGAAUUGGAAAGGAAGCGAGAGUGGGAAAGAUUACCACUAAGGUUCUUGAUCUUCUAUGGAGCUUAUCUCACCUGCCAUCACUAACAACUGAUAUGGUUGAUCAGGCCCUCAAAUCUCACAUUGAAAUCCUGAGUGAUUCCUAUGCUGUGAAGGAACAGAUCAAAAAGAACUAUGCUGUCAAGUGUGUGGAGGACAUAAGGAAAGGUGUUUUGAUUGUACCAGCUAUCCGUCAACUUUUGAAAAUCACAAGAGGAAUGGUGAAACAACAGUUUAACAAGCAUGACAAGGGCAUCCUUCCAGAGCUUCAUAAAAAUCAUGACAUAAUCAAGCUGACUGUCACCAGCCUUGUGAACUGUCACCAGCUUGCUGUCACUGCUGCUUCCCCUGCUGGACUGGAGGAAGACACCCUAGUUGAUGGUCGCUACACACACAAGGAGUUUGUCAACAUCCACUUGCGUUUUCUUGCAUUUGUUUUGCAAGAGGGGGUACUCUACCUCCACUGGCACAGAGCUAGAGAUAUCUGGGAUUGUCUAGUAGCUAAUGUUGAUGCUUGUGAAUUUGAUCGUGAGACUUGCUUUGAUUGGUUCUUCAAAGGACAGUGUGAUUUAGAGCCAGACACUCAAUCUCAGAUGUUUACCGGAAAGGUUCUUAAGCUGGAUCCCAGUAAGCUGACAAUGAAAGGCUUUGCUUGCUGCAAAGCAUUUCUGGAGAAUGUUAACCACAAUGACAAUCGCAUCAAGAAGACUGGUAACAUCUUUACAGUGGAGAAAAUGGACCUUGUAGGUUUUGACUACUUGUGGAGGAUUGUUCUUGAGGUUCCAUCGGAGGAAAUAGCCAUGUUAGCUGUUAAACAACUUAUGGAACUUAGUUACACUUGGCUGUCUUCAAAGCUGAAGAAGGAUCCUGUAAAUAUUCACAAGAAAUUUAUUUUGGAGUGUUACAAACGCCUUGAGGCAAUGAUGUCUGGCCUGGGACAAAGUUCAUUCAACCAAGCAGCAGGUGUUGCAGUUGCUGCUGGUGCUUCUGCGCCUGUUUCACCUGAUGUACCCAUCAGUCCAGGAUCAGCCAGGGCUAACUACAUGUUAAGUGUUGAGAGGCUUUUAGUGCUAGUGGAACAGUACAUCAUUACUGUGGAGGAUCUCCAUGCUGGUCCUCGCACUUUAUUACCUCAUGGAGCGUCAUUUCAUGGAUAUCCUAUCACCAUCAAUGUGUCUUCUGAUUUACCCAGACAAGAGAUCACUCUUCAGUCCCAUUCCAACGAAAGUUUAAAGUCCCUUCGUCACAGGAUAGCCAACCGCCUGAACACCAGUCAUGAGCAAAUUCAGAUAUCGACUUCAGAAAAGUUGCUUUUGCCAUCUAAGGAUCAGAAGCUUUUGUAUCAACUGGAGUUUGAAGAUGAACAACUGCUAUUUGCCAAAGUUUCUGUGUCAGGUGUCACCACUGUGCCCACCAAGGAAGAAGCUGAGAGUCAAGAGGCCAUGCGGAUCGAUGAGUCCAGUGCAAGUGGGUCAAAUCGGCAAACCUAUGCCUUGGAGCAGGAGAGGAUGAUGCCAGGUGUUAUCAUGGCCACUGAAUGUAAAGCUUUUGACAAGUUGUAUCAACUGGCCGAGCUUGAAGAACCGAGCAUUACUGUGCGAGUACAGAGGUUAUUGAUGUUGUUGCCAACAGAUCCUGAUGUACAGGAAGCUUUGGACUCCAUAGGAAAACAGUAUAACAUCAGCUGCUCUCCUGGAGGUACAGAUGACAGAAUGUUGUCAAUGACAAAUUUGCAAAACAUGUUCAAGUGUGUGAUGCCCGGCAUGUCUCCAUUCAGAAUACUCUAUAACCUUGAGGUCCUAAGUAGCAAGUUGAUGCCGACACAAAACAGAGAUGGAGGUGCCAAUGCAAGGAUGUUCAAAGAGAACUUUUUAGCAGCCGGGGGACUAAGUGUUGUGGUGAAUAUCCUCCAGAAGGACAUGUUUCCUCAAGAUGUUGAUACUGAGAUUCGCAGAGGUUGCUACGCAAUUUGUCUACAAUUAGCAAGGUUUUUGCUAUGUGGACAAUCCUCAGAAAACUCUUUUACAGCACCACCCUCUCCACCACACAGGGAGCAUGCAACUAUUGCAUCCUCACCAAUUGCCAUGGCAACAGGCACCAUGGAAACAGAUUUAAAUGAUAGUCUAAACAAUUCGGCAGUGGAAGCAAAAAGAGCACGCUCUAGUAGCGUGAUCGAUGAUGUACAUCCUUCUGUUAGAGUUGCUAUUGAGACAAUGGGUCGUGAUGAUUUUGCAGAAACAAUUGCAUGCUUCAUGCGUGUGGCAUGGGCUGCAGCUGCUGGCAGAAUAAACCUGGCUGGGGGUAGGCAGAGGUUAUCCAGUCAGAGUUCCGAUGAUGAAGGAAGUAGUAUGGGAGGAGGGGGUAGUGAUUCUGAGUCUGUGAAAUCCUUCAGAUCCAGUGUUUCCAGCGGGAGCCCCUCUGAGGUUACAAACAAGGAUGUAGUAAUUGUCGGCGAAGCCCUCCAGCUUCUGGUUCUUUGUUUGCAACUGAGAACGCAAUUAAUGGGAGUGUUUUACUAUCUCCCAAAUGUAAAUGACUUCAUUGUGGAAGUUCUAAUAGGCUCCAUCAAUUCUCAGGUGCGGUCCACGGCACUUGAACAACUUUUAAUUCUGAGUCAAACUCCUGUUGGAGAUAUCAAACUUCAGACACCAAAUCACUUCCUUUUGAGUGUGAUGCUUAAUGCUCCCCUCCCAUUAUGGACACCUACAGUUCAUGUCAGAGGAAAAAACUACAGAUUGCAACGUCAUUGCAGUCAAUUCUUUGAUCUCCUCUGUCGACUGUUAGACUACUUGACAGUGACAGAGCAGAGACAGAUGAAAAUUGAUCCAACCAAGAUGAUCGACACUGAAAUACAAUGGCUUCUGAAUUUUGAAUGCGGAACUAAUUUAGAAAACAGCUUUCCACUACUAGCUGGACAUUUGAAAUUAAUUAAAACUCUCUUCACUUGUGAAGGGGUGGAUAAAAAGGGUUUGGGAGAGAAGUUGAUAAAAGACCUCUUAGAUGACUUUCUCUUUCCUGCUUCGAAGUUAAUUUUCGAUACGAGGAGUACACCGUCUAAAGAGACUGUUAUUGAUGUCCAUCCUAAAUGUGUGGCCAGAGAGUGUCAAGUAGCUGCGCAUGAGCUGUUGGUGGAACUGGCCACUGGCUGCGCUGAAAAUCUGGUUUACAUUGUGUCACAAUUAAUUAGUAUGCAUCAUAUUGGAGAUCCUGGUACUCUUAAAGAGUGGGAGUUCCAGCCUCCAGUUGCCCCACGGGCUCAGUGUGGAUUUGUUGGUCUUAAGAAUGCGGGAGCAACAUGCUAUAUGAACUCUGUUCUUCAACAGUUGUACAUGCAACCAGGACUAAGAGAGGCAAUUUUGUCAUUUGAUGAUUUUCAUCCAGAUAAAGAAAGCGUCUUUUUCCAAGUUCAAUCGCUAUUUGGCCACUUGAUGGACAGCAAGUUACAGUUCUUUGCCCCUGAGCAAUUUUGGAAAUGUUUCAAGCUAUGGGGCCAACCAGUCAAUGUUCGUGAACAACAGGAUGCUUUUGAGUUCUUUAGUAACCUAACGGAUCAGCUCGAUGAAAUCCUUAAGCAAAAAGGACAAGAGCAGUUAUUCAAAAAAACAUUUUGUGGUAUGUUUGCUGACCAGAAAAUCUGUAAAGAAUGUAAUCACAGGUAUGAAAGAGAAGAAGCUUUCCAUUCUCUGCAAGUGACUGUCAAGAACCACAAAUUGGAAGACUCCCUAGAACAGUUUGUAAAUGGCGAGAUACUUGAAGGGGACAAUGCUUACUUCUGCGAAAAGUGCAAUGAAAGACGAACUACCGUAAAGCGCAUGUGUAUUAAGAGCCUCCCCCCGGUCCUUGUUAUUCAACUGAAGAGGUUUGGUUACGACUGGGAGGCUGGUAGAGCACUCAAGUUUGACGAUCAUUUUGAGUUUCCUUGGGUUUUGAACAUGGAGCCAUACACAACGGAUGGAGUAUCAAGACGAGAGUCCACAACAAACUUUCAGGCAGAUACAGACAGUGAAAAUGGAAGUAUAACAGAUCUACACAUGUCUGCAUCGUCGUCUUCGCUUCACUCCACCGUAUCUGUUAAUGCACCUGAGAUUCAGUACGAGCUAGUAGGAGUCAUUGUCCAUAGCGGACAAGCAAAUGCCGGACAUUAUUACUCAUUCAUUAAGGACAGAAGGAAUGGUGCAAAUGACAGUGAGAGUAAAGAAAAGUGGUACAAGUUCAAUGACAUCUUUGUUGAGGAAUUCGACAUGAACGAGGACACACUAGAAGCAGAAUGUUUUGGCGGCACAUACAAAGCAACAGUUUAUGAUACUGUUAACAGUUAUCCAGAAACUCGACAUCGCUACUGGAAUGGCUACAUGCUUUAUUAUGAGUCUUCAGACAAACUCAAGUCACAGUAUGGUUCUCUUGGUGAUGGUAGUGGACUGGUGCGACAUGAUGUAGGCCUGAGAUCCUCUCCGCCCUCCCCAUCCUCAUCCUCGAUAUCUUCGAGCUCAGGCCCCCCAUCACCCACCCGGACAGACGGUCUGAGUCAGCUAACAGCGUUACUUCAGAAAGGAGAAAAGAAAGGCAUUUUUAAGGACAAAAUGCCUGCUUCUAUCCAGAGAGUGGUUCACACUGAAAAUCUUCAAUUCAUGCAAAAUAGAGAUGUUUAUAACGUGGACUACUUCAGAUUUAUCCUCAACCUAGCAUCUUGCAAUGCGAGAAGUUCAUCAUCUGAUAAGCACGCCAUCCUGUCAGUUUGCAGCCUGCAGCUUGCUGUUCAGUUCUUAUUUAACACCUAUUUUAGAACGACGAAGAAACUUAGAACCCAAACAGAGGAAUGGUGUUCGUGUAUUGGAGACAUAGUAAAGAACAACAGUGAGGCCUGUCUGUGGUUUAUCAACUUCUUAGCUGGAGAAAGAGGCAAAGGUUACGUGAGACCAUUCCUCCUGGAAUGCCCUUCACAAGAAGUUCGUAAAGCAUUUGCUCAGAUUCUUGGUUUUACGUUUGAAAGCUAUCUACUUCAUGGAGGGAGUGUGGUAUCUGGACAACUCAAUAUUUUGAUUGACACAUUGUUGCAUAUGUGUGAUCGUGAUGUGGUAGACAAUCACAAAUGCUGUUCGGAGUACUUCUGGCUGAUGAAUCGAUACGCCACAAUGAAUCGAAAGACUUGUGAACAUCUUAUAGCCCAAGCAGCCUUUUCAAAGUUUCUGCAUUUCUUGGUCGGACCCAAUGCUGAAAAUGGAUCUAACCGGAGGUGGAGCUCAAUUCAAGCUCAGGAGUUUACUCAUCUGUACAGUGUCCUGGCCACUCUAGUUUGCUCGUGUGAUGUUUCGUCACAACUUACCGUCGAACCCAGGUCUUUGCGGCCCAUGUUCCUUGAAACUGUUCGUGCUGAAUCGCUUAUUCCCAUGCCUCCUCAAAUGGAAGAUGCCAUCUUCGGGAUGAACAGCAACUUUUACAUCAAAGAGGUGUCUACAGCCAUUUGUGACGUCAUGGGCACAUCACAACAGAUUAUCAAUAUGUUCAUUCACUGCAGUUGGUGCAACGAACAAUUUAGUAUCAAAGUAUUGCAGCAUAUCAGGGCCCUCCUUGCUACUGUUUCCGCCAAUGACAUGAGGAAUUUGUUUGGUGCCCUACUUGAUUUACUGAUGGUCGAGGAUCCUUUACAGUUGUUGCGAAUAAAAUGUGUGGCCGAUGAACAAGGAGAUGGCGUCUUAGCGGUUAUCAAGACAAGUAACACGACUGACAGUCGCCGGGCAUACCAGUGCAUUAAAUUCCUGGUUCAGUUGGCAAAUAAAUGUCCGCAAGCUAAAGAUUACUUACUUCAAAAUUCGUCACGCUGGCAGUGGGCCGUGCAAUGGCUCAAACGAAAAAUGAACGAGCAUUACUGGGCCCCACACACCACGACCUCCAAUGAGUACUCGUCCAGCCGAACAUUCCAACGAACUUCGAGCGCUGCCGACACACUCGCCGAAGCUACAGCUUUGCUUACCGAACUCGAAGCGAAGGACGGCGAAGCUAAUACGUCUGAGGAGUUAGACGACACAACGACAAGCGAAGACUGGGAAAAGGAAAUGACAAGUUGAGUAGAGCUAGAAAAUAUCACAGUAGAGGAGAACGGAGGUCUUGGCAGACGAUACAGUACAAGUUAAUAGCAAAGAACAGUAACACCAGAGGAUUUGUUGCAAGUACUUAUCUUCAGAUUCGGUACUCAGAAUUUACCUCUUCGUUCCCAAUUUCCUUCCUCUUAUUUUCUCAAGAGAGAAGUCCUAUGUGUUAUGGAUAGUGAUAAAGACCACGUUUUCGCAGGCCUGAAAAGAUACAGUGAAAGGAGAUGACUCUGUUAUUUUCUUGAAACGUGGUGUUGAUUUGCUGCAGAUGCUUCCCAUGAGGCGAAACAUUUUAUCUCAUUGGCGACCGAGACUUCCUUUCUACUUUCUGACUGAACGCGAUCGCACACGCACACAUAUCUAUCGUAGACUAGCGAGUUCAGGCCCCAAUCUUUCUUUCAUACCAUUAUAUCAGAGCAUUUUCCAAUGUUGAGGACACUGUUGUCCCAGGUGGUCGUUGUACGACGUAAAUUGUCCUCACGUCUUUCGUUACAUUGGUCGCACUAAAGUAAACAAUUCCUCGUGAGAGUGAUUUUAUCGCGCCUACUGAACGAAAUCCAGCAACACGCGCUAAAUAGUCGAAUUUAGACGGAAAAAAUUAUAGAAUUAGGGCCCAGUGGUUUCUGAUUGAGAGUUAACAUUUCAUAAGUAUAAUAAAUUGUCCUUAAAUUGCC